AAAUUUGUGGAUCGUAAAUGUAACGAAGCCAAUGUCUCACUGCAGCUGGAUGGAGAUGUGGGAGACGGAGAAGAAGAAAUUGAUGAAGAUGACAUCCCCUCGCUCCUCAGCGACAUCGAGUCUCACAGCGAGGGGCAUGUUGGUGAUGUGUAUUUACACAACGGCGUGGACACGCUCGGCUCCUCCGCCAAGGCUCCGACAUCGACCACCAACAGAGACCUGCCGACGGCUCACGGCCUCAUGGGAGUCCAGCCUCAUGCUAUGGGAGGAUUCACCUCUGGUGAAAAUAUAGGAACAGCAGUUCUGGGUGCUGUGGAGAAGCAACGCCUGGAGUUGGAGAAACAACGUCUGGCUGUGGAAACAGAACGUCUGGACGUGGAGAAAGAGCGGCUGGCGGUAGAGAAGGAGCGACUUCAACACGUAGAAGUGGAGAGGGAACGUCUGCAGCUGGAGAAAGAGAGGCUUUUGGUGGAGAGAGAGAGACUGCGGCUUCUGUUCCUGAGUCACUCCGAACUUGUGGACUCCUCUUCUAACCUGCCGUCGCAGCAGGGCCCGCCUUCAUCGUCCACGCCCUCGUCAUCCUGUACUCAGAGGGAGAGGGAGAGCGAUGGAGAGAGGUGGACGAGAGCGGUGGACCUGGAGACGGAGAGGAUGAAACUGGAGAAGGAGAGGCUGCAACUGGAGAAAGAGAGACUCCAGUUUUUCAGAUUUGAAGCCAGCAGAUUGCAGAUAGAGAGAGAACGCCUCCAGGUGGAGAAGGAGAGAAUGCAACUGCUCAGAGAUCACCAGAGUCACUGAGCAAAAAAAAGUCUGUGAGAAGGUGGAGAGUGGAAGUUAUGAAUAAAUUACAUAUGAUUACACUUCUUGGAUUAGUAAUUAAAUAAAUAAAAAAAGAUUCAGCGUUUGCUUCGGCAUCUGCUCCUUAAUCAGUUCAAUUUGUCACACACACACA